AUGGAUAUUGAUACAUAUACAUAUUCAUAUAUGCAUGGAUAUAUAUGGAUAUCCUAUGGUGUAUAUGUUGUGUGUGUUUCGUCUACGGGAAGGGACAGUAUUAUCGCAAGAGGGCUGAAGUUUUUUUUUUCAAAGUGGGUAUAUGAAGCAAACGGAGAGCUUUUUGAAAUCUAUACAGUUUCUUCACCCACCAAUCGUCAAGUAAUAUAUCGUAAUUUGCAUUUUUUAAAAAAAGACGAUCAUACAAAAUUAUAA